GCGUGUGGUGGGGAUCGUGCUGUGCUGAGGCGGUGGCGGCUUGCGGGAUCACCACUGUAGGUGGUGUUUUCUCAACUUCUCGCCACGAUUUUCGCUCUAGUCUUGCCCCCGGCUGCCCGCCGACUUUCCGUCGCCACCGCUUGAUAUGCGCCUGGUCCAGAGCAUGUCGACGAUUCAGGAACUUGGACCUGCGGAGUACACCCCUAGCAACCGGGUGAUCAAGAUCGCAGUCAUCGGCGGCAGCGCUGUGGGCAAAACGGCUUUGGUGGUGCGGUUUUUAACCAGGAGGUUUAUUGGCGACUAUGAAAGAAAUGCAGGUACAUUAUACUCCAGACAAGUACAAGUAGAUCGAGAGCAACUUGCACUUCAAGUUCAAGACACACCAGGAGUUCAGAUAAAUGGGCAGAGUCUUAGCUGCAACGAGCUGCUUAACAGAUCCAUACAGUGGGCUGAUGCAAUUGUACUGGUCUAUUCAAUCACAGACUACAAAAGUUAUGAAAUGAUCAGUCACCUCCAUCAGCAUGUCUGCCGUGUGCAUCCAGAAAACAGAGUUCCUGUCAUAAUUGUUGGAAACAAGGCUGACCUCCUUCAUGCUAAACAAGUGGAACCUCAUCAUGGCCUCCAAUUAGCAAACAUACUUGGAUGCACCUUCUAUGAGGUAUCUGCCAGUGAAAACUAUAAUGACGUGUACAAUGCAUUUCAUGUGCUUUGUAAAGAAAUUAGUAAGCAACAAAUGAGCAGCAAUGCUGAAAAAAGAAAAACAUCCAUUAUACCCAGGCCAAAAUCACCAAACAUGCUAGAUCUGCGGCGGCGUUUCAAACAAGCUCUUUCUGCUAAAGUACGAACUGCAACAUCUGUUUGAGGCUGACACCUGAAGAUCCUGAUAUGAAGUGCUUAAUCACUUUUUUGUAAAAUACUGUGACAAAUCAACGUGGGUGUGAAAAUCUGGAAAGCCAAGGCUAUACCAGAAACUGAAUGACCUACCCAGAACAGACUGUCCAUUUAAUCAUUCACUUGGAUCUUUGAUCAUUAUCAAGAAGUGAUUUUUGAAAAUGGGUACUUCAGUGAUCACUGCUAUUCUCUUGAACAUGGUGGGACCAGACCAGAAGUAUCUGAAGUUGACUUCUGUGCUCCCUAUUGGGAGCCUUGUAGGUUUUGAUUUUGCAGUGUCUGUCAUGAUUUGUGUAAAAUAUGCACUGAUGCAUGGCCCAGAUGGGACAGAGCGAUUUCAAAUUGGAGUCUUUGUUAAUUCCUUUAAACAAAAAGUAAAUCAGUUUGACUGCUUGGUAGCACAUCAGUUGCUUUGUUUUAUAAUACUGUUUCACAAACUUGAAUGUGUGGACAAUCCUGCUCCUGUGCUGUGGGAGUGCAUGCGAAGAAUUCAAAGACAGCUCUGAUCUUGUACUCCGAAUUGCCCUCUGCUAGAAGCUGUGAACUAUGUGGAAUAAACAUCCCAAUAGUUGUUUCCAUGUGCUGGUUUGGAUGGCUGUUCAAAUAUGUCAGAAGUCAGAUGCAACCUUCAUAUGUGGAGUUUCAAUGAGCUAGCUUCAUUUGAAUAAAGCUAUUACAUAGGCAAAGUUGUUCUCUUUCCACUUCAUUUUAGCCAGUAUGAGGUAGCAUUUGCUGCAGUACAAAAUCAUCUGCUUCAGUCUUGCAUUUUUAUUCUACCCCUCCCAUUCCUGAGAGAAUAUGAAAAUGUUAAUAGAAGUAUGAUAAAGUAUUUCAUCCCACAUCCAAUACAAAACAGCUUCCAAACUGGAGCACCACAAUAUGCUGAAGGAGCUCAAUCUAUGGAAAUGAAUAAACAGUUAAUGUUGUGGGCUGAAACCCUUCUUUAGGACUGGAAAGGAAGGGGGAAGAUGCCAGAAUAAAAAGGGUGGGGAGAGGGGCUGGAAGAUAGCUGGAAGGUGAUAGCUGAAGCUAGGUGAGUAGGAAAGUUAAGGGACUGGAGAGGAAGGAAUCUGAUAGGAGUGGACUAUUGGAGGAAGGGUAAUACAGGUGAGAAGAGAUAAGAGUCCAGAGUGGGAAGGGUG